AUUACUAAAAAAUUAUUAUACGCCCUUUGAAAAAAAGGAGAGAUAGAGCCGAUGAUGAGUGUGAGAGAGAUGGAAUGAACGUAAGAUCAUUCUAUAAAAAUCUGGGUAUGUGUGUCAGGAUUAAAACAUUCAGUUUGGAAUACCAUUGGUUUGUCAUCGUCUGAAGAGUGCAUGGGCCGGAUGUAGAUAAGGAAGGGGGCACAACGAAGGGUCUGCAGUUGGAGAGAGAGGUGAGUAUGACAGAGACGGAAUGAACUUUAGACAGCAAUUGACGAGUAUGAGAGAGAUGGAAUGAAUGUGUUUUCUGUAAAAAAUUAUUUCAUAAAAUUGUUUGUUCCACGCCUUCACGCACUGAGGAAUGCACGUAGGGUCAUAUGUAGAAAAAGUCUCUCUCCCUUCCAUAUUUAGAAAGAGUCAACAACGGGAUAUCUUAAGAGCAUCAGCGCACCAUGUCUCUCGUCACCGACGCUGCUACGAAGCAAUUGCUGCGUAUGCAAGUAACGCUUCUUCGAACGUUGGAGCAAUAUUUGGUGUGGGAACACCAGUAUGAUACGCUCAUCGAAUCGUUGGAGGCGCAAGUUCGACUGAAGCAAUCACGACUGAUAAAAACGGGAUGGCAUUACGCAGUCACUUCGCAAAUCUUACGUCUCGAAUGUUUGAAGCAGGUAACACAUCAACGCUUCAUACAUUGGGGCGGCGGAGUAUCAAAUGAUUGUGGAUUAAUAUGGCGAGAAAUCGAGAGCGCAUUCGGAAAUCACUUGUCAACCGGUGUUGUGAUUAAUCGCGAUCACAUUGACCCACGAAAGUUUCUACUGGAUGCGGAAUUCACCGUGGGCGAUAAGCGAGCGAAUAAAAGUGUCAUGAUGGGAAAUGUUGAACUUUUUGCAACAUCGGAUCUGAAUGAGUAGUAUCAGAAGCGAGUCAUGGAGCCGACUCUGAAAUCGCUCGAGGAGUCCCAGGAGAGUGACGGUGGCUGGACCCUAACAUCGAUAACCAAUCUAACAGUGAACAUCAACAAGUACAAUGCUUUGCGUGCGGGAUGUCACAUUCCAUUGGCGAAACGCAUACUCUUGAAGAAAGACGUUGUGAAUAUAAAAUCACGAGAUAAUACGUGUUUCGGAUGGGCGAUGGCUGCUGCGCUUCAUCCAGUCAUCCAACACAGUGAUCGUACAUCUUCGUAUCCACAUUAUUCAACGAUAUUUAAUCUUCAAGGCAUCAGCUUCCCUAUGACGUUGAACCAAAUUGGGAAAUUUGAAAAAUUGAAUA